UUGCUUACGGUCGCUAUAAUGUAUGGAAUUAUUAAAAAUGUGGCGUUAAAAUGAGAAAAUAUCUCAAAAUAAAACCAAAAAUAAGCCUAAAUGGGCAGCAAAAAAAAAAGCAGAAUAAAAAGAAAGUGAAAAGUUUUUGAAGUGCAACGGACAGAAAGUGAUGCAGCACAUACAAACAUACAUUUGUAGUUUUAGGAGCAACUAAAAAGAGAGCAUGCAACAUAGUGCUGGUGGCAGUGAGCGGGGUGAUGCGUGGUAUAUGCAACGAGCGACGAGCAGCCGGAGCAACGUUUGCAGCAACGCUGGGAAAAUUGUGAUUGUUGCUGUUUGUUUGUUCGAAUAUAUUUUUGGGCGGGAAAUGUUUAUGUUUUCUUUUUUCAUUUUCCACAUACGAGUGUGUAUGUGUAAGUUUGGCUGUGGGUAUUUUUGUAUUUGUUUGACUUGACUUGGUGGCAGCAAAUGAGCACACUUGAUGUGGGUAUAAGGAUAGUGAGUCGUUUGAAAAUCUCGACAUUCAACGCGCAGAUUUUGUAGAGUACGGAAGGAUUGAAAGUGCGGGCGCUCGAAACAAAUUUAUUUACAAUACAAGUGCACUUGCAUAUUGGUUGUGCUUAUAGUUUCACAAAAAAAAGAAAUCAAAAUAAAAUCAAACAAAUGGGUUUAACGUACAAAGCACUGAAAUACAGAGACAUCAAAAAGAAUGUGACCACUGCGAAGGCGGGUGGUAUGGCUGUUGUGGAUGCUGAUGCAGAGACAAUAGCACAACAACAAGCGGCUACGUUGUCCAUUACAGCGAGCACAGCACAAGUGAAUGCAACAACAAUAAUAAUACCGGAAAAUCAACAACAACAACAAUUCACUGCUGAUCACAUAAUGAAAUUGUGCUUAUUUUUGGCAGAAAAGUCCAGAGCGAAGCAACUGCAGCAGAGUCAACAAAUGGAUGCUCGUCGAUUUUAUGAAAACUUCCUACAAGAAGCAACUGAAUGUGUUGAGGACGAGCAAAUGCUCUGCGACAGUGAUGCUGAGACUUUUCAUAAUCAUAUGGCGAAUUUUGAAAAUAAAUUAAAAUCGCCAAAAAACAAAACACACAUAACACCGCCCCACCAACAAACAAGUCCACGUGCCAUAAGACGAACCAAAAUGAAAUCGGAAAAACACAUCAAACCAUCUGUGCUAACGGAUAAAUUUUCCAUCUCCAGUAGUUCCAAUUUGCUCAGCUAUAACACGUUACCAGAUGUUUGCGAAAAAACACAUGACGACACACAAAACUAUCAGCAGCCGCAGCAACACCAACAAGACAAACGUGAUAUUCUAUUAAAGAUACGACAGCAAAUUUUUGAACGUAAACGCUUGAGACAAGUGCUAAGUGGUGGUCAGCGACAGCAUGCGCAAUAUCCGCUCGGCACACAGCAGCAGCAACAGCAACAGCAACUUAAAAACAACUACAACAACGCACAAUUGCAGCAGCAAGUUGAGCUUCAACGUUUGGCGGAUGUCUGGCGUCCUUGGUGAGACGGCUGUGUGUGUGUGUGUGUUAACAGUAUUUUUCGUUUCGUUAAAAUAGAAUUUUGCAUUUCGAAAUAGACGGUAUAUGCUUUAAUAGUAAAUAUAUAUAUAUGUAUAUGAAUAAAAGAGAGGUUAGGUUAGGAGUUAUUAUCCAAAGACUAAAUAUAUGGUACAUAGAUAUACUAUGCUUAUUUUUACGAUUAGCAAUUAAGUUUAUAUUAUACUAAAAUUAAGCUUUAAGUGUGUGUUAACUAACUGCUUCCAAUAUUAUGUAUUAAAAAAUUUAUAUUGAUUAUUAGAUUAUAAAUUUAUAUUGAAUAAAAUGCCAAAGACUUUAA